AUGUCGUUAAUCGUCCACUACGCAGUCGUUGCAUUUUGGGAGAAAUCCGGUUGCAAGAUCGUCGCUGAUUACUUGGUCGAUCCUGAAGCAGAUUGUCGAGAAAUUGCAUUAACUACGAUACAGGAUAUUAAGAGUCUUGAAAACGAUAGGAUCAGCCUCGAUCGGGGCAAAAAAUCACAUUGGGAAAUACCAUUUGUUAUUAUCUCCAGAUAUAUAGUGCAUGUACUGAUCGGAGAACUUCAUUAUGCUUGCUUGACAAUAAAACCAGAAUCUCCAUCGGCAGUAUCUCAAUUGGAAUCCUGUUCUCAAAUAUUUCUCGACAAACUAAGAAAUAUUUACAGAGAAGUACCAAUAUUAGCUGAUCUAUCGAGGGAUCUUACUAAUCUAGCUGUCAUAGAUCUUUCUAAACCACUUCAACAAAUUAUCGAGGAAUACAAUCAGCAGGAAAUGAACAUCGUACCAAGAUUGGAAAAUGAAUUAGCCGAAGUGCGACAGAUGUUAAUGGACGGUGUUCAAAAAUUGAUAGACAGAGGUCAAAAGUUAGACGAUCUUCUUCGGAAGACUCAAUCUUUACAAAUCAAGUCGAGAAAAGAUUUUCACGUUGCAACAAAGAUAUCACGAAAGAAGAACGUUUUCUUUGCGGUAACUGCAGCCACGUUUAUGUUCAUAUCAACAUCACUUUUUGUUUUCUUAUUGUACAUCGGUAUUUUGUAAAAAAAAAAAAGAAAGAAAAAAGUAUGAGAAAAUAUCCACAUACGCGCGAUGAUAUUUUAAUAAAUUAUUUAUUUAAUUACUCUUCACGUUCGACCCGAAUCCGUUUAUUUUCGUACGAUUUUAAUUUAAUUUUAUUUUUUGCAUUCACACAUUUAAAAUUAAUUCCAAUUAAAAAUUC